AAGCCGGUACGGCCCUGUGUAUUUGUGUUAAAGCGUCAGCAGUACCAACCCAACCAUGCAACUAACUUACCGCACAAUUUAAUAGUUUUUUGGCCCACAUUUGGCCAAAUUGUGGGCGUAGUUGUCCCUACAUCCCCUAUAAUUAGCGAGGGUUAGAAUAUUGGGCCAUUUUGGGUCCUAAAACCCCAUUUUUCGCAUCCAGUGCUCCCACCCGUACCACCUUAACUCCCCCAAAGUCACCUCCAAAAAUGUAAUCACCUUCGAAAAUUUAAAAACUGUUCAACCCAACGAGAUGUGAAUACGUUUAAGACUUCAAGUGCACCCAACCCCACGAUGUCGCGCCAACUGAACGGUUCCGUCACCCCCGAGAAGAGGUUAGGUCAAAACUCGAUCGUGCAGCCCCUUUUGACCGACUUGUACCAAAUCACGAUGGCUUACGCCUACUGGAAGUCGGGAAAAAUUCAAGACCACGCCGUUUUCGACCUCUUCUUCCGCAAAAACCCCUUCCAAGGUGAAUUCACCAUUUUUGCAGGCCUGGAAGAAUGCGUCAAAUUCCUCGAUAAAUUCUCGUAUUCGAAGAGCGACAUCGACUACAUUCGACAAAUUCUUCCCCCCACUGUUGAGGAAGAGUUCUACAAGUAUUUGGGCACUUUGGACGCUCGAGGAGUGUCUUUUUACGCCGUGAAAGAAGGCAGUGUUGUCUUCCCCCGGAUUCCGCUGCUCCGGGUCGAGGGCCCCCUUAUUGUUGUACAACUUCUCGAAACAACUCUACUGAAUCUUGUGAAUUAUGCCAGUUUGAUCGCAACAAACGCGUCGCGCUACAGAAUGGCUUCAAACAAGCUGAAGUUGUAUGAGUUCGGGUUGAGGCGGGCCCAAGGGCCCGAUGGGGCCCUUUCUGCCUCCAAGUACUCCUACAUUGGGGGCUUUGACGGUACUAGUAAUGUACUGGCAGGGAAAUUGUUUAAUAUCCCGGUGAAAGGCACUCAUGCCCAUGCUUACGUCACUUCCUUCAAUAAUCUAAGUGAGCUGGUGAUCAAGACAUUAGAACCGAAAACAGGUGGCAAGCCUGUCGAUUUCGUUGCGUUGGCAAUAAAAUGGCGCGAGAGUAUAGUUUCGGUUUUCAACGUCAUGUUGUCGGAAGUUAACGAUGGCGAAUUCGCCGCUUUUAUCUCUUUCGCCAUUUCGUUCCCUAAUGGUUAUUUAGCACUAGUUGACACUUACGAUGUAAAAAAGAGCGGUUUGGUGAAUUUUAGUGCAGUCGCGUUGGCUUUGCUUGAUUUGGGUUAUGAACCAAUCGGGAUUCGACUAGAUAGUGGCGACUUGGCCUACUUAUCUGUCGUUGCUAGAAAUCUUUUUAUUAAAAUAAGCGAGCAAUUCAAACGCCCACAAUUCGCCAAUUUAAUGAUAAUGGCGUCCAAUGACAUAAACGAGGAGACUAUUCUAAGUUUAAACGAGCAAGGUCACGAGAUCAACGCCUUUGGUAUCGGCACCCAUUUGGUGACUUGUCAGAAGCAACCAGCGCUGGGUGGUGUGUACAAGAUGGUGGAAAUCAACGGCCAUGCCAGGAUUAAGCUCAGUCAUGAUGUGGGUAAAGUUACCAUUCCGGGCCGGAAGGACGUCUAUAGACUGUAUGGAGAGAACGGGAAUGCGCUCAUUGAUCUUCUGCAGAAAUCGUCAGAGGCGCCGCCCAAAGUUGGCGAAAAGGUGUUGUGUCGGCACCCGUUUGAGGAGUCGAAACGGGCGUUUGUUACGCCGUCGAAAGUCGAGAAGUUGCUGGUGUUGUAUUGGCAGAACGGGAAGAUUUGUCAGCCGUUGCCCAAUAUGCAGGAAAUUAAGGAACGGGUUGUGGAUAGUUUGAGGAUUUUGAGGGCGGAUAUUCGGCGAACGCUAAAUCCGACGCCGUAUAAAGUCGCUGUUAGUGAUGAUUUGUAUCGGUAUUUGCAUGAUUUGUGGUUGGAGAAUGCACCCAUCGGGGAGUUGGCUUAAGGAGGGCCUUGGCCAAGUUUUAGUAUUUUAUAUAACAUUCUGUAUUUUGCUUAUUUUUUCAUGUUAUACUGUUUAUAAUAGAUUAUAAUAUAAAGGUUUAUCUUGUG